CGAUGGACAUUGUUGCUGUGUACGCAGCUCUCCAGACCUCCUGCGCUCGAAUGUUGAGGAUCCCUGUGCGGCCGAAUUAAAUCUCGUGUUGAUACAGCGUGCUCGUCUCUUUAUAAUCCAUCUUCCAGAGUGUUCUGAGGAACCAGGAACAGACCUUUCCGAGUGUGAGAGAAUUUAAGACUCGCGCGUGACCAUCUGCUUGUUUGGAACCCGUCUCGUGGACUCCAACUUGUGGAUUAUGACCCUGGACACUGAUUUAAUGGAUGACCUUUUUGUCGACGUGGUUGGAGAAGGUGGCAAGGAGUCUGGAGACGAACAUCUUUCGACCUCCUCUCUUUCUGCUUCCGACCAGGUGCAUAACAAGGGGGACAAGGACCACGUCCCCUCUUCCAUAUGUCCCUCAAGUUCGAGCAAAAGCCCUUCGGUGAAACCGCCCUAUUCCUACAUCGCUUUGAUCACCAUGGCGAUCCUCCAGAGCCCAAAGAAGCGUCUCACCCUCAGCGAGAUAUGCGACUUCAUCAGCCACCGGUUCGCGUACUACCGAGAGAAGUUCCCAGCCUGGCAGAACUCCAUCCGACACAAUCUCUCCCUAAACGACUGCUUCGUGAAAAUGCCACGAGAGCCGGGUAAUCCCGGGAAAGGGAAUUACUGGACUCUGGAUCCCAAUUCAUCGGAUAUGUUUGAGAACGGAAGUUUCCUGAGGAGGAGGAAGCGAUUUAAACGGCAGCACUUCAAAUUUGGGGUGUUCAAAGAUCAAGCGCUGCAGCCGAGUGCUUUCCCGAAUCUCAGCUACGGCGCGUACGGGCUCAGCGCGUCCUGCGCUCACUUACCGGGGCUGGAUAUCUACCCGUUUGGCUUCCAUCAACCCAUCGGUGUUCCACCUGUUGGCGGCAUUUUACCGGCCUUGUCCACGCUUUUUUCAAGGAACUCUGUCGCAGCCAAGUCUUUCCCACAGUCCCAAACAGUGGCCAUCGAGCCUGUCACCCCUGGCCUCGCCUGCGCAAUGGCCCCGACCUCUCCAUACGCGUCCUCAGCACUGUUCAAUCCAGUGGGCUUCCCUCGGGUCCUCAAUUUUCAGUACGAAUACCAGAAGCUACAAAAUGUGCACAGCCACGUGGAUUUGUCCACUAAACACAGACACCUGGCUAGUGUCAAUGACUAACAUCGCAUAUUUGGACACGAAACUUAUUUUUUUCUCAGGAAUUAUUUCAUUUAUCCCGAGGUGUAUAAGAGUGUGUAGAACAUCGCGUCGAAUGUUUGCGAACAUUUUAACGAACUUUUGAGUUUAUUUUCUGUCAGGAAAGAAUUCAGUGAGUGUAUUUCUGUUACAUGCUGAAAAUUCUUUUUGAUGCAUGUUAUUUUAUUGGAAUGAUUAAAUAUCGAAUGAUUCAACUAGGCUAUUUAAAUGACGAAUUUCCUUUUCGCAUUUUGACGGAAAUAAAACUGACAUUUGUAAAUGCACAAUAAAAGUCGUGAUUCUUAAUUUAUUCA